GCGGGUACGCGCACGAGUUAGUGCGCACGCUCGUUCAGCUAGCCGUGCUUCCCGGUCCCUGAUUGUCCCCGAUCUUCCCGGCGUGAAUUCGUGUCGACUGCCCAGAGUCCGCGAAUUCAGGUCCGUCGCUGCAUUUGUCACCACACCCUCCAUCCGCAAAAAGGGAACAUCGACACAAUCAAGCAAGAUUUUCUGAUCCAGUACUUUGAGGGCUUGGCGUAGCUGUUGAAAGAAUUUUUGCGAUCAUAAUGUCUCUACAUCAGUUUCUGUUGGAACCAAUCACAUGCCAUGCCUGGAACCGUGACAGAACACAGAUUGCAAUUAGUCCCAAUAAUCAUGAAGUUCAUAUCUAUAAGAAAAGUGGUAACCAGUGGAUCAAAACUCAUGAUCUUAAGGAACACAAUGGACACAUCACAGGAAUAGAUUGGGCUCCGAAAAGCGACCGCAUUGUAACUUGUGGUGCAGAUCGCAAUGCCUAUGUUUGGAGCCAAAAGGAUGGGAUAUGGAAGCCGACUCUGGUCAUACUGAGAAUAAACCGUGCAGCCACCUUUGUGAAAUGGUCUCCUUUAGAGAAUAAGUUCGCAGUUGGGAGCGGAGCACGGCUAAUUUCAGUAUGUUAUUUUGAGUCGGAGAAUGACUGGUGGGUCAGCAAACAUAUCAAAAAACCUAUACGUUCCACAGUUCUGAGUCUAGAUUGGCACCCUAACAACGUUUUGCUUGGUGCAGGUUCCUGUGACUUUAAGUGCCGAGUCUUUUCAGCAUACAUUAAGGAAGUGGAUGAGAAGCCUGCUGCUACUCCUUGGGGUUCCAAGAUGUCUUUUGGUCAAGUAAUGGCAGAAUUUGGAGGUGCUGGUAGUGGAGGCUGGGUGCACAGCGUCAGUUUCUCAGUUAGUGGAAACCGUCUAGCAUGGGUUAGCCACGACAGCACAGUGUCUGUUGUAGAUGCCGCCAAAAGCAUGAUGAUUUCCCAAUUGAAGACUGAAUUUCUUCCCUUGCUGAGUGUCAUUUUCAUCUCUGAGAACAGCAUUGUGGCAGCUGGUCAUGACUGCUGUCCAGUCUUGUUCAACUGUGAUGAUCGUGGAACCCUGACUUUCGUCUCCAAAUUAGACAUUCCAAAGCAGAACAUUCAACGCAAUAUCUCUGCUAUGGAGCGCUUCCGCAAUAUGGACAAGAGAGCCACCACAGAGGACCGCAACACUGCCUUGGAGACACUGCAUCAAAACAGCAUCACCCAAGUGUCUAUAUAUGAAGGAGAUAAAAGAGAUUGUCGUAAAUUCUGCACUACUGGAAUUGACGGUGCAAUGACCAUAUGGGACUUCAAGACUCUGGAGUCGUCUAUCCAAGGUCUGCGGAUUAUGUGAAGGAAACCAUUUUGUCUAGCAAGACACCGCUUGCAGAAAGGAUCCCC